AUGGCGGACGACUUGUUCUUUUUGGUAACGCUGUUUGUUAUUCUUUUGCCACAAGCCUCCAUAUGUAGCAUUCAACAUGAAAAAUUAUGGAAACGCCACUGCAUCUCGCAAGGAAACUACUCUGUUUGCAGAAACAGUUACACACAAUUAAGCCAGCAGAUUUGUAGGAUAACAGACUUAUUGAAUUUUGAAGACUGGGCCUUCAUACCCAUAAGCGUUUUGCGGCAGACUUUUCCUGUUGAUCAGGAAACGAAAAACUUUGUUAGACAAGUGCAUAAUGUGGUGUUUUCUACAGUCUAUCCUGUUCCGUUUAGACAUAAACCUUCCCUUGUAGCGAUCUCAAGCCACGUGCUAACAGAAAUACUCGAUUUGAGGACAGCUGCGGCUGCCGAAUCGUCAGCUUUUUCAGAAUUUGUAGCAGGAAAUCUGAUACUGCCAAACUCUGCUUUAUUAUCCCACAGAUACGGAGGACAUCAGGUAGGGAGCCACUAUCAAUGUACUUAACCCUUUAAGCCCCAAUAUCCACAUACAAUUUCUCCAAACUGAUCUCUAUACAUUUCCAUAAAGAAUGUGUUGAGAGAAUUUGAUAAAAGAUCAAGGCAUUAUCUCUUUGGUGAUCAUUUUAUUAAUUCUCAUAACAUAAUCUCUUGACAAUGUAUGGAUAUCGUUAGGAGAAAAUUUAUGUUAGUCACCAUUGAGACUUAAAGGGUUAAGUGUACAGCUGAACCCCACACAGCAUCCUGUUUUUCAUGAUGUUACUUUAGCAAGGUUAAGUUUCUAUGAGAAUCUGUUUAUUGGGCAAGGUUCAAGUGUCUCUUGUAUGCUUAGUGGUAUUCAUAUUAAGGGGGUUAAAUUGGAGAAAAUGUUAGGGCUUUCCUGCUGGAUGAAGAUUUCAAACUGUCCUUAAUAACAGCUGGUGUCCAUAUUACACAGGCAUCUGUAAAGUAGGGUUCAACUGUACAUGUAGAUGAUGUGUGCACUUUAAGUUACUUCCAUACCAUAUUUUGUGUUGCUACAUGUAUAGAGCUACAAUCAGUAACCAGAAGACUAGACUUGAAAACAAACAGCCAGUGAGAUGGAGUGUCACAACUCCCUAAAUUAAACUGACAUCUAGAGUCAGGGACCAUGCAGGGGGUAGGGUUGUCAGUCUGUAGCCCCCCCCCCCCCCCCCCCGUCCCCGCCCACUUUUUCGGAUGGUAAGAUAGGUUUUUUUUUAACUUUGGUUACCCAGAUCUGUCACUUACCACACAAACAAAACACACCACAAACAGAGAGCAGACAAACUUACUUUGUCUUGUAGCUGUUGCCAAUUAGUUGGUAGUUCCUAAUGACAAUCGGAAGGGCAACUUUGGCACCUUCAGAGAAUCCGACUUAAAAAUGUCCGGCUGACACUCAACCGUCGCGUGUGUUGGGUUUAGCGUCAAAGUCUAUUCGUUUAAAUUUCAGUCUAAUGUGGGGGCUAGGUUGUAACUUGUUGAUUUAAGUGCCGAUGUAAUAAUUAACAAAUUUGUAUUACUAUUGGCAGGUUUAGAUGUAUUUAUAGCCAUUUCAGAAGACUUAAAUUUAAAAUUUUCUCGGGAGAGCAUACCCCCAGAUCCCUCUAGUUUGCUCACGCUUACACAUUUGCAUUAGUUCCCCCCCCCCCCACUUCUCCACUUGAAAAUCUGCUCCAUGGGAGAAUUGAUCCUUCCCAUUUUGUAGACACCUUCUUUGAUUUUCUAUAGGCUGGACACCUCUUUGUAAAUAUGGUCCAAACUGUGUACAUUUGCUGGCACUUACUCACCUUUAUCAAUGACUGGUCAGUUUCAGCUCAAUAUAUGCUCUAUUACUUAAAAUUAAGAUUAUUGGUGACCCUCUUAUUUGUUUUUAGUUUGGUGAAUGGGCGGAUCAACUUGGGGAUGGGCGGGCAGUACUGCUGGGAGAGUACAUCAACAGGUAAUAAAUACAGCUGUAGGUUCGGCCUAAUAAAGCACCAUAAAACAGCUAGCAUUGCAGGGUAUGUAUACUUGGCACCAGCUGUGCAGAGCAACAGCUAUCACAUACCUAGUUUGGAGCUGGUGGUACGUUGCUUAAUACAUUACAAAGAUCUUAACAUUUUAUGGCAUUUGCUGCCAACAAUCUUAAGACCUCGCUUGCUGCUUGAAGCUAUGCCAUGGUAAAUCUUCAAUAUAGAGGCAAAACCAAGCUGUCUGUGGCUGCCAAUGACUGGCUGAUAAUGCUGUAUAAUAAUUAACAUUAUUAUAUGGUAGAGAUAAAAUGUCAACCUUUACCAUGUAACAACAAUUAUUGCACACAGUGUCAUAUUUUUAUUGUUUAGAAAAGGUGAGAGGUGGGAACUUCAGUUGAAGGGCUCUGGCAAAACUCCAUACUCAAGGUAUUGUUACAGCUAGUGCUUAAGCUUUACACUUAAAAAUUAACUGUCGAUAACAUACUUUUUUGGGUCGUGUUUAUUUAUUAGUGAAGAGAAAAUAAUUGUAAGCUGUGUGCAAAUUUAUAAGAAAUUCUACUGACUGGGGUUUGCAAAACUUAACAAAUUCAAAAAUAUUUAAGGCUUGUUUUAAAUCAUCCAUGUUGCCAAUUGACAAUUAUCCAUGUCUCACUUUAAACCUAAUAAAUGUCAUGUCUUAUAAAUAUAACAGCCUUUGUCUGCUUAAUACCUGUGAUGGGUCUUUAAUAACAUCUAAUUAAAUGGUUAAUAAUGAUCCAUAACCUAUCAGACUGUGUUCAGCCACCUUAAUACUUGUUACUAGCUGAUAUCAUCAUUAUAGGAAUUUCAUUUUUUAUGGACCCUCUCAAAAAGGGAGGCUAACAAGAAUCAUGAGCUUAAAUCAGAAAUAACAUUGAUCUUAUGAUAUGAAGUUGUUACUUUAAUGCAUUAAUUAAGCUUCAGUUGCCUUUCCAGUACCUCUUUGUUUCAUUCAGGCAUGGUGAUGGUCGAGCAGUCUUAAGAUCGUCUGUGCGGGAGUUCCUUGCUAGCGAGGCCAUGUUCCAUUUGGGUGUGCCCACAAGUAGAGCGGCCAGCAUUGUUGUGAGUGAGGAUAGAGUAUGGAGAGAUCAGUUUUAUGACGGACACCCUAUGCGAGAGAAAGGUAACAGUAUUUCAUAAAGUCAUAUUUAUAAUAGGAAUGUUAAAUUUUGUAAUAAUAUCAUUAUAGAGGAAUAAAAUAUAUUAGAACUGUGGGGUGAAAAAUCAUUAAUUGGGCUUCAUUUUUACAAAUUUUCUCUUUCAAUCAAAGUAUUCCUGCCAAUACAAUAGCCUCUACUAACUAUACUGAAAAACAAUUAUCGCUUAAAAAUUUUGCCAAAGAAAAUUAUUGUUCAAGAAAGAAAUACUGGACAUCAUAUGUCAUAAAUAGUAUGACUUAAAAAUAUCAUAUUUCUUUAAAAUUUUGCCAAAGGAAAUUAUCGUUCAAGAAAGAAAUACUGUCAUAUCAGAAAUAGUAUGUCUUGUAGACAGCAAUCCAUAAUUUGACAAUCAUGUUAUGUAAGGUAAUUGUGAUAAUUAUGUGAUACGUAGUACAGACUGUACAUGUGAUGAAAUAUUCUAAACCAAUACUACUCCCUCCUACAUGUACCUUCUCCACCUUGUUUCAGUUGUUCAACAUGACAGUAGCUUUAAAGGGGCGGUGGAAACAAAGAAAACAGAUUAGUGAUCAUUUUUUUCUGUAACACACAGCUGCAAUUGUUCUACGUUUGGCAAAAUCUUGGUUUAGGAUUGGCUCUCUUGAAAUUUUGGCAUCCAAUGGCGAAGAAGACAUUCUGAGGUGAAGUUCCAUUUGAUUUGUUAGUUAUAUGAAGAAUUUACGACAAGGAUUACAGUUGCUUUUCUUGCUUUUAGUGUUAACGGUUAUUUCUUGAAUGCGUCCUUUUUUGUUUUCUUUAAGAAACGUUGUGGACUUUGUAAUCGAGGAACACUUUCCAGAGUUAUCGAAGAAGACUGAUAAAUACCUGGUAAGAGAGCAAUAAAGUCUUGCUUGGCUGGAUGUGUGCGAUUAGUAUAGGUAAUACCAUGAUUUGUAGUGAUAUUGGGUGUAAAUACCACAGUGAUAUUUCAAAAUUGUUACAUGUAAUUUCACGAGCCGAUAGGUGAGUGAAAUUUGAGACAAUUUUGAAAUAUCACGAGUUUCAUUUACGCCAAAUAUCACGUACAAAUCAUGCUAUUAUUUGUUUAUACUACUACCAGCAAAAGGUUUGUAAUUUUCACAUGUAGGUAUUUCAAAUUAAGCUGAAAUACCACUGCUCUAAGCCAAUCAAAUUGCAGAAAUUUCUCAUGUAGUAGUAUUAGGUUGAACCUCUCCACAACAGCCACCUUGGGGACGGAAGAAAGUGGCCGUUGUAAACAUGAAGAGGUGGCCGUCUUAAAGAACUAGGGAGCUUAAACAAAAACGACGGCGAUGGCUACGAAAACGUCACUUAAAAAGUGUAGUUGCGCUUGCGCUGUUUCAAACUUAAUCGCGCUUAUUCUAUCUCAUUCCAUUCGUCAAAUGUUGGCAAUUGUUUCUGCAAUUGAGUUCUAAAAGACUUUAUCGAAGUUCAGAAAAAGAAGAAGAAAGUCGUUGCCUUGUCUCCACAAAAGGUGAAAUUAGGCAUUUCCACGUCGGAGUCCUGUAACGACGGUAAAGAAAUAUACAAAAAAGCGUGGUGCACGUACAAAGUUGUUGUUUUGCUAAUAUAAACCGAUUGCUUUUUUGCCGUUCUCGUUGACGUCGCCGUCGUCGUUGCUUAAGCUCCCUAGUAUGUAAGAGUCCAUGCAUGGACUGGGGUCCGCCAGAAAGAAACUGCACGUUUUAGAGAGGUGGCCGUUAGUGAAGUUUCGACUGUAGUACGUGGGGAAUUGAGCAGCCAGGAAGUUCUUUAGGUUUUGUUUUCCCUUCUUUUUUCCUCAAAAGUAGCCAGUGGUCAUGCUCAUAGAAGCCGGGGCAAAUGCCUGGUCCCUGGUCCUUUGUGACAGCCCUGACAUGCACAUUCUACAGACUUGAAAUACAAUAUUGCAAUUGUUUAUUAUUUGGUUGGUAGGAAUUCUUUUCGAAAGUGGUGUCGAUGACGGCAGAACUUAUCGCCAAGUGGCAGGGAGUUGGGUUUGCUCAUGGUGAGUUACAGCAGUUGGAAAAGGUUCAACCACCUUAGAAACCGGUCGUUUGGACACAAAGUCGUUUCAUUACAAACUCAAGCAGUGAAAUUACACAAAAACUUCGACUAGUUUCCAAACUACUUUGUAUCGAAACGACCGGUAACCUUCUAUUUUUUUCUACGUUGGGUUUCGUUCGUUUCCCUGGUUUUUUCUGAGGCACCAAGAACCAUGAGAUCACUGCAUCAAAGCAAGGGCCGUACGAUGGCUGAUUGCGUUAUGAUUGCAUGAUUUGCCAGGUUCACUUCAGUAAAACUUGCUCUCUACCUUAUCAUCAUCCGUAAAAUUGCUUGCAUUUAACCCUGAGCUUCGAAAGCCCUCAGAACGGUUAACUUCUCAAAACUGUGGGUGUUCCUCAAGCACAAAAAAAUAACAUGAUAUUAGCCAUUUUAUAGACUCUUCAUAUGAAAAAGAUAGUGACGACGAGCAUCUUGUACUACAUUGACGCCCUGCACGAACGAUUUUGUUUGAAUGUUUCGGGAAUUCAUGUGUUUUGUUUUUAUUUCUUGUAGGUGUCUGUAACACGGAUAAUUUCAGCCUCCUAUCCAUCACAAUAGACUAUGGCCCGUUUGGAUUCAUGGACGAGUUUAAUCCAGGUAUACUCACGUACAUAGAUGAGCCGCUGUUCAAAAAGCUUCCUCAACCCACCCUCCUUCCCUUGUGAUACAGUUAACUCUUUCUUAACGGACACUUCGUUAAAACGGACAAAGAGUUGGUCGCUGCCGUUCUUUACGCCUUUUAGUUGACUCUCUAUAUAACAGGUAACUCGCUAAAACCGUACAUUUAAAGGUGGUCCCUGCCGUUCUUUACCCCCUGUGGUAGACUCUCUAUAUGACAGAAAACUCCAUAAAACGGAGAUUUAGAGGUGGUCCCUGCCUUUCUUUACUCCUUUUGGCGGACAUCUUUAGUUGUUUCCUGCCUUUCUUUACUCCAUUUAUUUGACUCUCUAUGUUACGGACAUCUCUGUAUUUCGGACACAGUGCCGGUUCCCAAAUAUGUCUGUUUUAUAGCGAAAGUUUUCUUUAGAAAGGUGACGCCUGUCCUUACUUUCUACUCCCGGUUACUGGUCUCUGAAUCCUUGCUUGUAUAGGAUAAACAUUUUUACAAAACCAAACCUGUGUUCGACAAACACGUUGCGUUAUGCCCUAGUUAAAAAUUGAAAACGACAGAUUAUCAAUGAGCUUUUUCUUGCUGCUGUUUCUUUAUCACACGAUUUCCAUCGUCACCGUAUCUGCGAGCAGAGUUUUUUCCCUGGCAUAGGAAGUCGUUUGCGUGGCUUAUAAGUCGCUUAGCGACUGUAUUUUUGUUGUAAGGUUUACAGUUAGUCGUCUUGCUAACAAAUUUAUUCUUAAAAAGUAAUCAGUCGGAUUUACCCACGGCAGAUUUCGUUCCCAACACAUCAGACGAGGAGCAAAGAUACAGUUACAAGAAUCAACCCGAUGUUGGAUUUUUUAAUUUGGAGAAAUUACUUCGUGCCAUCAAGCCAUUACUAGAAGAUUACAGCGCGUAAGCUGGAUAAGCUUUGUUUUUAUUAUUGGUUAAGGAAACCUAUCUUUUAUUUAUUAUAUUAUAAUGAUUAAUGUGUUUCUUGUCUGCUAAGUGCCCUUUCUACAUUUUUUUAUACGAUAAGGUCGACUUAAUGCACAAAACCCGCCCCGCCCCUCUUCUUCCCUCCCUUUUUAGUAAAAAAGUCGCGUAUUUUUCCUGUUUUUUGUCAUUAAGCAUGCUCUCCGACCGUCUUCAAUCAAAUAUUCUAGAGCGAUUGUGAAAGUAAAAACGUACCGUGGGUACGAUUUAACUUUCAAUAAACGGGAACACGACUCCUCAUUGGUUCAUUAUCCGCCCUCAAAAGUCUGCGAAUUCACUGGGAGAUACGCGACAUAUAUAUGAAGUUCAGCUUACUAACUAGUAAAUCAUGUGGUCAUCAUACAUGUAGCUUUUUUUCUUUAACUGUCACUUUAUAUAUUUUGCAGUGGAGAGAAAAUCCUCUUAAGUUACGUGGACUUUUAUAAUGAAAGGUAAUCAUAGUUUUAUUUCUUGACAUCGACAUUGGGGAGUUUUGGCAUCGUCGACGACAGCGACGAAUUAGCGUGUUCAAACUUUGUCGCGUUUGUUCCAAUUUGCUGAAAAUGUCUAAUGUAGCCAAAUUUUCCUGUCGUUUAUUUCUUGGUGACCGCACUCAAGGUUAGAAAGAGAAAGAAAAAUUCGUCGUCGCCUGUUUACGUCCUCCUCAGAACAUGAAAAUAGGCAUUUUCACGUCGUAGUCGUGCAGUGACGGCAGUAAAUGUACAAAAAAGCGUGAUGCGCGUGCAAACUCGUUGUUUUACUUAAUAAAUCCAUUGCUGUUUUGACGCUCUUGUUUCCGUCGCCGUCGUCGUUGCUAAAACUCCCUAUAGGGAACCGCUUAAGCAACGGCGACGGCAAAAAAGCAAUACAAUAUUAUAGGAAAUUAACGCUCCAUGAAAUUAAGGUAUUAGAAAUUAACGCGACUUAAAUUAACGCGAAUUUAAUGGAAAUCGACUUUCGAAUAAAGAAAAUUAAUGCGAAAGAGGAGGUAGAAUUUCAUAAUAAAGGAAAUUAACGCGAUUCAGACACAGUUGGUGGUGACAACUGGAAACAAAUUUAACACAUAUUGUAAACCUUCGCCUUAGCUUUUGUGAAAGAUGAAAAAUAAAGGGUAAAUGGAAAGAAAGAAAGCUUGUAGGUAAUGUUUUUAAGGUGUCAAGAAUGUCUGGACAGGCUCCAAAAUUGGGGAUAAAAUACUGGAAAUUAAGAGCGCAGAAAUUAGCGCUGCACUUAAUUAACGUCGCGGAAAUUAACGCUCAACAAAAUUAACGCGAAUUUUAACGAUUCGCGUUAAUUUCAUGGAGCGUUAAUUUCCUAUAAUAAGGUAUGUUUUGAUUGGCAAAACAACAACUUUGCACGUUCAUCACGCUUUUGACAACCAUGACAACCAUUUCCUCUUUCUUUUUGUUAGAAACAGCCCUUAAAAUUCAACUCCUGAAAAUAUCGCUAACGUUUGAAAAAUUAAAAUAUAUGCAGCGAUGAAGUUUGAAGCAGCGCGAAUUCACUUUUUGGGUGAGGUUUUCGCUGCCGUUGCCGUUGUGGUUGCUUAAGCUCCAUAUAAUUGACCGAGCUGCAUGGUAGCUAUAAAAGGUUGGCCUGAUCAGUGAAAGGUCCAUGGCUGUCACGAGGAUAUGGCUGUUUUAGAUCACUUCUGUGCUAAAGCUGUUACUUGGUGCCUUUACCCAGACACAAAAUGCUCCUAUAGAGUUACGGACGAGGUAACAAAUAGAUUUCAUCAGGGAAUACUAAACAUAAUAAAUUUUUAAUGGUGAUUUGUUUCGGGCAAACUGCUUUAAAUUAAAACUUGAAUAAGUUGACCCAUUCCUGCCAUGCCUGGCAACAGACGACAGUAAACAGUUUGAAAUAACAAAACUAGGCCAUUAUUUUUUGGAAUUCAAUUGAUGCGAAAAGAAGUUUUAGCUUAAUAGAAAGCUAGCAAAUAGCGUCCCUUUAAUAGGCAAUUGUUAUUGACAAACUAACUCGCCUUCAGUUGGUAGGAAUGUUCACUUUUGGUUCUUUAGCCUAGUGAUAGGCAAUUUUCUGAAAUAAAAACGCGUUUUUCAGAUUUUUGGACAUUUUUCGUCAAAAGUUGGGUCUGCUUGAGGUUGUAGACAGCGACGAAAAGCUCAUUCAUUCUUUGCUGUGGGUAAGGAUUACCAUGAGUUUUUAAAAUGCAGUCUGUUAUCUGUAGUAACGGAAUUAAGAAGUUAUAAACGUAGCGAUAACUUUUGAAACCUAUCCGAGUUAUUUCUACAAAGCUACUGCGGCUGCUGUUGCCUCUGGAUAAUACGAACGAAGGGAUAUUGGGUGAAAAAUAUGUGUAAAAACAUUCCCGCGUCUCGCGGUGAGAACAGCUCCGGCUAUUUCUACACGCCUGCAAUCGGGCUGAUUGUCGUGUGCGGGCAAGCAUAUAUACAGAGGGGUAAUGUUAAAGGCCGAUACCUAAUAACUGUUUUUGACUAAGGACGGAUAGUGCACUGAGUUUACACAAAAAUACCUUAGAUAAUUGAUCAUGGAUUUAGAUUUCAGGGAUGCUGAGAUGCCAAAAUUGAUGUUCCCAUGAAUUUUUCGUGAACUGUUUCGUUUCUCUUCAGUUAUUUUUAAAUCAAUAUAUUUUUUGUUAUUUAUUGUAAUAAAUAUCAUUAACUCCAUGCAUUUAUCUUAAUUUCAGUUAAUGUCGACCACUCGUGCGGACUUCACAAUGACUUUCCGCGAGUUAAGUGAAAUAUCCAUACAAGACUUGAUAGCAAACCGCCUUCCCUUUGAAUCGUGGGCGCUGAAGAAUCUAACCAAACACAAGAACUGGAGAGGCUGGUUAGCCCGUUAUUCUGAUAGACUUCAAUUGUAAGAAAAAGUGUUUCGUUUACUUCUUAUCAUCUCUGGUGAAUCAUUUUGCUUUCAAUGUCACAUACAAAAUCCUAGGAACUAAAGAAAGAAAGUCUGAAAGAGUCCUCGUCGGUCCUGUUUGAAAAGUUUUGAAUACGGGCUUAGCCUCUGUUGAAACGGAAAGAAGCAAUAUUGUGCAAUGUACAGUACAGGCCAUGGGAAUUGCAGCAUUUACACGCGUGUAAAUUGCGUGUAACAAUGCGGAUUUACACGCAAAAUACACGCGUGUAAAUUUUUUAAUCGCAUGUGAACAUUUACACGUAGCUUAAAUUACACGCAAGAUGCGUGUAUUUUUCCCUUACUUUUACACGCAAGUUGCUGUAUUUUUUUCAAUUGCAGAGCUAAAAGAAAUCGUAAGAUGCUGAUCGUUCACAAUCGCUUUACAUUUAAUUGUGCACUUAACAAACGAAAGCCUGUCACUAGAACUUUACGUAUCCGGUAUAUUUUAAUUUUUCUUAUUGCCCCGGUGAACAGGAGCCCAUACCCUGUAGCAAGCAACUGCCUUCCUCGGCUUCUAUCGCAGAGUUUUUUAGCUACAAUUAAGAACGCUUUUCCCCUCGGAAAUGGAAGCUCCCCUUCGUUUGUGAGCGCGUUUGAAGUAUUAGUUAUAAAAAGGGCAUACUAAUCACAAUUAAAGAAUUAAAAUACCAGUUUUAGGUCUGUAGGUUUUGCUGACUGGUUUGUGAUGAUGAACUAAAUCCGCGCCAAAAUCCUUUGUAAACUAAACGUGCCUGUGAAAACGCCGCAGCACGAGUACAUGAAAGUUGCUCACUCCCGACCAGGUUAUGGCCUUCUGCUUCGGUACAUAAAUGAUAUUUUGCAAAAUGAAGGUUUGGAUUGUCUUCGGUUUUUCUGUUUGAUUUUUUUCUCUAGUUGAGGUAAAGGUUUUUCGAAAUAUUGGAUACAUAUCGCUGAAUAGCAUUUCGUUAACAUUUACCAAAUUGAAGCAGUUUCAAUCUUACAGACACGUUAACCACGCACGCGUGAAAGUGAGGUGAUGGAGGCUUCCUUUAAUGGCACUCAUUUUGCUUUAUCACAAAUCGUCUCGCGCGGGAUUUUGAUGCUGAAAGGAAAUACUAACUAACAGGCAAAAAUGCGCAAAGCUCGUUAUUAUUGAAAUUCUCUCUUUCUUUUAAUUAGAAAUGGUGAUCUGGAUUCUGAAAAAAAGAGGAGUCAACGGAUGUUAAGUACGCUCCAGUCAUUAUUUUUAUCCUUUCAAUACGCUUCUUUAGACAGGUCAAAAGUCAGCUUUUAUAGCGAGGCUUACAGGACCCAAACAUUGAAAAUCCAUUUUUUUUAUCCUUCUGACCUCACCAUGAAGUUGAAUAUCGAAAGAACCGUCUCUAUCUCGCAUCGUUUUAGCAAACUUUGAAUACUGAAAACGUAACUUCAUAAAGCUAAGGCUGCACUGGAAGGUAGUGAAGUUAGUUAAUGCGGUUGAUCUCAUGGCUUGCUGUUGAAAAUCUCUUUAACGUGGCCCAUUCUCAUUUCAGAAAUAAAUCCUCGUUAUGUACUGCGCAAUUGGAUGGCUCAAUCAGCGAUACAAAAAGCAGAGGAGAAUGAUUUUUCAGAGGUUAGAAAUUUUUGAGUUUUUUUUUGUGUGUGUUUGUUACAAUGAAGACUGUCUUUCGAUUGGCUUAAUUGGUACAUCUUUAGAAUAUCUUUAAUUUGUAGUUGAACAAGUUGUACACUUGUCGAGGCCCAGAGGAUAAAAGAAAGUAAUUGAAGGGCUCAAAACAUUACUUGCUAACUAACUUUACUUUGGCUAACAGCUUAUACCAGAUGUGUCGCGGCGAAUUGAAGUUUUCUUCCCCCAGUCGGGCUGUCUUUGACGCCCCUAAUCCUGGUCUUGCUUGCGCAUCCUUUUAUUUCAGUUAUAGCUUUACAGCAUAGUGUUGUAUACUUGCUUCGCAAGCUGGCUGGUGUUAAUUCUUGUUAUUUGCCUGACCCAUUUAGAAUUCUCUGUUUUUCUAUGUGGUGUUAUAUCGAUUUCGAUCCUACCACUUCUCUGAUCUUCUUAUAAUUUCUGAUCUUGUCCCACCGGGUCUUGUUGGCGGCCCUGCGCACUGCGCACCUUCGCAAGUGUCGACCUUGAGCUUUAGUCUUUUUGUGACUAUAUGUUGUUGUUAUGUAUUUUCAAGCCAUUAUUGUAACUUAAUUUAAUAAACUUUUUUUCUUGAAGGUUCAGCUGCUUCUUGAAGUUUUAACGAGACCUUUUAAUAAACAAGUAAGCUGCAGAGUAAAUUAGUUAAGACGACUUUUCUUUGUGGGCUGCAGUGAAACGUUAAUCCCCCACCCCUCGAGAAAUUUUCAAUCGUUCAUUAACUUAAAGGAGAGUGAGGCCUAGCUCAAACGUCGAAAUUUUCAUGAGACGAACCGGCAAUUUUAGUGAGUUAAGUUAAUGAAAAGUUCGACGUCUGACUCAGUUAAGUUCGUCUGAAUGAGUUUGGAUCGUCCAUCAUGUCCUAUCCGUCUCCUUCAGACGUAUAGAACGUCUGAAGAUCGUCUCCGGGACAAACGUCGAACUUUACAUUAGAUGAACUAGACUGAUGUAUUAAAAAUUUGUAUAAUAAUGUAUAUUUAGCCUCGUUCGAGAGAAAAUUUAUUACUGAACGCACGCUGGCCGGCCAAAAUUGCUUUUUGGUCGGAUUCAAUUGAUUGGUUCGACGUGUCCUAAGUUCGACGUCUGGCCCAACAGACGAUCUUAACUUAAUUUACGUUUGGCCUAGGCCUGUUAUUCUUUGCAAUUGGUACGCAUGAGGCACAGUCAUUUGGGAAUUUUCUUUUAUUCCAGGUGGUCGCUGAAGUUCGUGGGUACUCGUCCCAGCCCCCGCUCUGGGCAUCUCAGCUUCGAGUCAGCUGCUCGUCGUAAUGGCUGUAGACACGUAGGUAGGCA